AAUAGCGCUUAUAGUUUUUUGGACUAGCACAUGUCUUUUCACCUAUUCUGGAACCGCCUUUAGAAUCGGCUCUGACGUCACAAAUAAGACAGCCUAAUUUACAUGGUUUAUGCAUUUUGCAGACGCUUUUACGCAGACUUGGAAUUUUUUGGUCAAAAUUAGUUUCUUAAUUUUUAUGUUAUUUGUUGAUUAUACACGCAAUGUAAAUAUUCUCAUUACGAUAUAUAUGUGUCUGAUAAGUUUUUAAAUUUAACACAUUAGAAUUCCGCGCUGCCUUCAGUGUAGUGUCGUUUUAAUUUUGCGCAUUACUAUAUUACGGAAAUUAUUUCCGGUCUAUCGAUAUAAAGUUCUUCCUGUCCAUUUCCAUAUAUACUGACAUUUUUCUGCCUCGUGGUUAUUCACUCAUUUUCGGAUUUUGCUUUUUUCUGUGUGUAUUCUAUAGUGAUUUGAGUUUAAUUAAUAUAUUAAUUAUUAUUCAAUUUUUAUCCUGCUAAUUUGAUCUCAGUUUAAAAAGGUGUUUCGCACAAUAUGAGUGGAAGACAUAAGUAUAAAAGGGGAACAAAGGUGCCCAGAAGUACUGAGUACAGAGAAAGAAGGUUACGUGAGGCUGUUAGGGAGAUAUCUACAGACGAAUCAGAUUCUAGUAUAGAAUUGUAUUUGAAUGAGGGAAAUUCUUCCAGCCUGCAAGAAGAAAUGGUACUAAAAGAAUCUAGUAGCGAAUCUGAAUCAAGUACAGAAUCGGAUGGAGAAAUUACUGGAUACCCCAUAGGUAUUGAAGACGUCAUACAGCAAGAUGCUGAUGAACAAUUUUCAACAAAUAACUUAAACAGCAGUGAAUGUGAAAUGGACAAAAUGGUCAUGGAAGUAUGCAGUAAAGAAAGUAGUGUAACAGAAAUGAAUACUUCAGUUAAUUGGGACGAUUCCAGAAUGGCAAGCUUUAUAAAAGUUGUUCAAGAAAAUAUUGAUGAAGAUGUUGAAGAAGAAGGUGCGCAAUACGAUUUUACUACAUUUCAAACUGAUGAGGAGAUUUCGGAUACAGAUGACGAAGUUAAAUCUGUAGAAGAAAAAGGACAGUUUGAAUACCUUAACACAUUUUUGGAUGAUGCAAAUUUUAGUAAUUCAAUCGAAGUACCAGUUAAUAAAAAUAUUGGUGAAGUUUUGAUGAUGUUAUUGCAAUACGCUUCAGCCAAUUCACUUUCCUUAACUGCGAUUGAAAACCUAUUUAAGUUAGUUAACUGUAUUUUCUUAAAACCAAUAAUUCCAGAAACGAGAUACCUAAUCGAUAAAUUAUUUAAUCCAAAACAUUCUAACACUUAUCAUGCACUAUGUGAUAAUUGUGGGAAAAGCUUAGGUACAUUUACUUCUUCUGACACAUUUAAAAAAUGUGAUCUGUGUAAUAUCGAGGUAAAUGUAAAAGAUUCUAGUUAUAAUAAUUUUUUUGUUACUUUAGACCCUUCAAACCAAAUUGCUGACUUAUUAGAAGCGAAUGGCGAUUAUUAUGAUGAUGUAAUGCAUAGUAGCGUAUCUAAAAAUAAAAUCAUUAAAAACAUUUAUGACGGAAAAUUGUAUCGGCGUUUUGUAAAAAGUUUAAACAGUGAUGAUCAUAAUCGAUAUGUAACUGCCGUGUUUAAUACGGAUGGAGCUCCUUUAUUUGAGAGUUCCACAUUUAGUAUAUGGCCUAUUUAUAUAAUGCUGAAUGAACUACCUAUCCAUGUAAGAACAAAUAAUUUAAUUGUUGUAGGCCUAUGGUUUGGUAAAACAAAACCAGAUAUGAAUGUUUUUCUGGAUCCCUUUGUAGAAAAAAUGAAUAUACUAGGAGACGAAGGUAUAACAUGCACUGUAAAAAACAAAAAACAAAUAAUCAAAUUGUUUUGCUUAGUAUGUUGUGUGGAUUCCGUCGCCCGAGCACCAAUACAAGGCCUAACACAAUUCAACGGGAAAUUUGGAUGCAACUGGUGUAAACAUCCAGGUGAAUGGGUUGUUAAUGAAAAGAAACCUAACUCGGGCUGUUCAAAGUAUCCAUGGAUAGAUCAAACAGGGUUGCUCAGAACGGAAAAAGAAAGCAUUCGUCAAAUGAAAGAUUGUACGCCUAAGAAACCAAUCUGCGGUUUCAAAAAUCCAUCAGUAUUGAUAAAUUUAAAUAAAUUUAAUAUAAUUAAUGGGUUGGUUCCUGACAAUAUGCAUAUUAUAAGUGGAGUGGUCAAACAAUUUACAACCAUUUGGUUAGGAAAAAAAGGUUCUUCUUCCAAGAUAUUAACGAAAUUAGAAGUAGAUGAAAUUAAUACCAUUCUCGAGUCAACGAAAGUCCCGCAUCAUGUUGGCAGACUCACGCGAUCUUUAGCAGAUAAAGAGCACUGGAAAGCUCGAGAAUGGGAAAAUUUUCUUCUUUACUACAGUGCACCAAUUAUGUGUAAAUUCCUUGAUAAAAGGUUAAUGGAACAUUGGUUGAAGCUUGUUGAAGCUAUACAUAUUCUGUUACAAUCGGAAAUUUCUAUUGAUGAACUUAAUCGGGCUGAUCAAUUAUUACAUGAGUUUGUAUAUGAUACUGAACGCUUGUAUACAAAAGUUGCUAUGACAUUUAACGUACAUAUUUUAUUACAUCUGGCACGUAGUGUCUUAAAUUGGGGACCUUUGUAUGAGCACUCUGCAUUUGCAUUUGAAGCAGGCAAUGCAAAGUUGCUCAAUGUAGUUCAUACUUCUAAAGGAGUUCAUAAACAAAUCUGUCGACACAUAAACUUUAACUCUAGUUAUGCAUUCUUGAAGAAAAAAGUUGAGCCUUUUGCAACAUUUGAAACAAAAAACUUUUGCUCCGAAAUAAGUACAUCGAUGGUCCAAAAAACUGUAAAACAUUCCACAGCGCGAUAUUUUGGAAAGUCUUCAUACAUAUCUUCCGCUUUGGUUGAUAGUCUAAAUCUUUCUGAUAUGUCUGGUUCUUUUAAAAAAAUGAUAAAGGACGGUUGCCUUUAUAUGUCAUCUUUAAUUCAAAAUAAAAGGUCAGACAAUUCUUUUGCAAAACUAAAGGAUGGUACUUACGUACAAAUAAUAUAUUUUAUUGCAGAUCACCAAAAUGACAAGGAGUACACUGUAUGUCGUAAAUUAAUUACUCAGAAUGCUUUUCCAAAUCAAUGCGCAUUUUUGAAAAAAAUUAAUUCAGUAAAGAAAAAAAAAUAGUUGUAAAUACAAGUGAAAUCAUUAAAAUAUGUGUACAUGUAUUAGUUCGCAAAAAACAAUAUAUAUGCGCUUUACCAAAUUUAUGUUCCUAUUAAGUAGCAUUAAAAAAUAGUACAUUAUAAAUUUUACAGAAAAAACUUUGCGAUUCCUUAAACAGAGAAUUAUCAAAAAUCUGAAGCGUUAUAAGUAUAUAUUUUAUCAAUAAUAUUUAUUGUAUUUUUUACAUAUUUUAUAAAUUGAUAAUAAUUUAUUGUAAGACAUAUUUCAAUUGCAAAAAUUGUAUUCCUUAACCUUACUUUUUAUUGUGAUAGCAUCAAUUGUUAAUUUAAUAUUUUAAGGAUACAGAAAUAUAUUUUAAGAACAAAAAAUUAAUUACAAUCAUACUGUCCUUUACAUAAACAACUUUUUUAUAAAAAUGUAUUUAUUACUUCAAUAGUUCUAAAAAUUGUUUAUAUUAACAAUUAAUUUUUAUACUCUCAUAUCACAAAAAUUUACGUCAAAUUAAUCUGAAGCUUAGACUGUAACUUUUAAAUAUUGCAUUCCAAGGCUUAGAUUGGUUAAGAGCAAUGAAAAGAAAUAAAUAAUUAUUAAUUUUUAAAUAAAAAAUAUAUUUUUAUAUGUUCACGAUGUAAAUAAUAUUAUAAUUUUGUAAAAAAGAAUUCUAUUUUAUAUUUUCGUUUGUUCAGAUGAAACUUAAUAGGAACGAAUAAAUAUUAGAAAAUAA